UUUGGACGUGGUGAUCGAAUAUACCACCCGGCUUCCCGUCACAGGCUGCCAUCUUGCCGGCUCUGGCAUUCCGCGCCAGAAUAACAUCCGCCAGCCGCACUCUUCCGAGUCCAAUAAGAGAGCAGGAUGGGCUAAGCGUGCUAGGAUUGGCUGGAGGAUCGACCCCAUCGACGAUUGUUUCCUGAGAGCGAGAAUUCGCUGAGCUAUGUACCGCCCCCUAGAGCCUCGGCGGAGUGACUCAAGAGUGACAGCGGCCAGGUGUGUGAAGAGAGGGGCGGGCCCGAUCGAUGUCCUCGGGCUCCGACGCCCUGGCCUGACGGGAAGCGGGUGGACUCCGCUCUCCGGUGAGAGUUGAACCUUGGGACAAUGUGGAGCAGCGAUCGCUUAGCCGGUGCGGGGUCUGGUGGGGCGGUCGUGACGUUGGCCUUCACGAACGCUCGGGACUGCUUCCUGCAUCUGCCGCGGCGCCUCGUGGCCCAGCUUCACCUGCUGCAGAAUCAAGCUAUAGAAGUUGCCAGUGAUCACCAGCCCACCUACCUGAGCUGGGUGGAAGGCAGGCAUUUUAAAGAUCAAAGUGAAAAUGUGGCAGAAAUUAAUAGACAAGUUGGCCAGAAACUUGGACUUUCGAGCGGGGAUCAGGUGUUUCUCAGGCCUUGUUCCCACGUGGUAUCUUGCCAACAGGUUGAGGUGGAGCCUCUCUCAGCAGACGACUGGGAAAUACUGGAGCUGCACGCCAUUUCCCUUGAACAGCAUCUUCUAGAUCAGAUUCGAAUAGUUUUCCCCAAAGCCGUUGUUCCCAUCUGGGUUGACCAGCAGACCUACAUAUUUAUCCAGAUUGUUGCUCUGAUACCAGCUGCCCCUUACGGAAGGCUAGAAACUAACACUAAACUCCUUAUUCAGCCAAAGACACGCCAAGCCAAAGAGAACACAUUUCCAAAAGAAGGAAAUGCACAGGGACAAGUUCGUAGUUAUGGACGAGAACAGAAAAGAUUGUCAAAGGAAUUACAAACCAAGCAGCUUCAUAUGGACACAGAAGAUGUCACUGGGUCCAAUGGAAGAGAGCCAGACGUCCCAGGUGACUUGUCGAAGCCACGCUGGUGGGCCAUGCUGGGAAGCAUGUUUGCCUUUGGGCCUGACCACAAACAAGAGUUAGCCUGGGGCUCGUUAGAACUCCGUGCUUUCAGAACCAUGCAGUCACAGGCCGUCCCUCUUGACAAUAUUUUCAGAGUAUGCCAAGUUCAGCCUCCUAGUGUAUGUAACACCCCCACUACCUCUGUGUUUCACAAACACUGCACCAUCCAUGUAUUUCCGUGGGACCAAGAAUAUUUUGAUGCGGAGCCCAGCUUUACUGUGAUCUAUGGAAAACUAGUUAAGCUACAUUCUCCAAAACAACAGCAAGACAGAAGCAAGCAGGGUGUCCUGUUACCUGAGAAAGAGAAGCAACUGCCUGAGUCCCCAGAUCACAAGCAGAUCGGCUCUGACCGCAGUGAGGAUGCUGCUGAGGCCUGUGUGCUGAAGGUAGUCUGGAACGGACUUGAGGAGCUGAAGAGUGCCGCAGAGUUCACCAGAAGUCUUGAGCCUCUCCACCAUGGGAAAGUCUGGAUUCCAGAUGACCUGAGAAAGAGACUAAAUAUAGAAAUGCAUGCAGUAGUCAGAAUAACUCCACUGGAAACCAUGCCUAAAAUCCCAAGAUCUCUGAAAUUACAACCUAGAGAGAACUUACCUAAAGAUGUGAGCGAAGAAGAUGUAAAGACUGUGUUCUCGUCUUGGCUACGGCAGUCCGCUACCACCAUGCUUCCUUUGGUAAUAUCAAAGGAAGCAUGUAUUAAGCUGGAAAUCAAAGAUGGGUUGAAGGAGUUCUCUCUGAGUAUAGUUCAUCCUCAGGAAAAAGAAAAGGAACAAGGAAAAACUGUUUUUGUGUUGAGUUCCAUUCUACUGCAGAAGAUCUCCGUACAAGUCCUUCUAGAGCCCAUGAUAAGAGAAGAACCCAAUGUGGAAAUUGACUCUCUUCUUCCCUGUCUAGCGCUGAGCUUUUUGGGCGGAGUGAGUUCCUUAGGUAUAUCUGCCAUGGAGCACAUCACUCACAGUCUCCUGGGACGCCCUCUGUCUCGGCAGCUGAUGGCCCUCGUCGCAGGACUUAGGAAUGGUGCUCUUUUGAUCACUGGAGGAAAGGGAAGCGGGAAGUCAACGUUCGCGAAAGCCAUCUGUAAGGAAGCGCAUGACCUUCUGGAUGCCCACAUGGAGAUCGUCGACUGCAAAGCUUUGCGAGGAAAAAGGCUUGAAAGAAUAAAAAAAGCCCUAGAGGUGGCUUUUUCAGAGGCAGCCUGGAGGCAGCCAUCUGUCAUUCUGCUGGAUGACCUGGACCUCAUUGCCGGACUGCCAAGUAUCCCAGAACACGAGCACAGUCCUGAAGCAGUGCAGGGCCAGCGGCUUGCACAUGCUUUGAAUGAUAUGAUCAAAGAGUUUGUUUCCAUGGGAAGCUUGGUGGCACUCGUUGCCACGAGCCAGCUCCAGCACUCCCUGCACCCUUCUCUUGUAUCUGCUCAAGGAAUCCACACGUUCCAGUGCGUCCAGCACAUUCAGCCUCCCAGUCAGGAACAGAGAUGUGAAAUUCUGCAUAGUGUUGUGAAGAAUAAACUGGGCUGUGAUAUAAGCAAGUCCCCUGACUUGGACCUGCAGCUCAUAGCUAAAGAGACAGAAACAUUUGUGGCUCAAGACUUUACAGUUCUUGUGGACCGAGCCAUACACUCUUCUCUCUCUCGCCAGCAUAGCUCCACCAGGGAAGAAUUGACUUUAACAACAUCAGACUUCCAAAAGGCUCUCUGUGGGUUUCUUCCUGCUUCUCUGCGAAAUGUCAACCUGCAUAAACCUAGAGACCUGGGCUGGGACAAGAUUGGUGGAUUACAUGAAGUUCGGCAGAUCCUCAUGGAUACUGUCCAGUUACCAGCCAAGUAUCCAGAAUUAUUUGCAAACUUACCCAUACGACAGAGGACGGGAAUAUUGCUUUAUGGUCCUCCUGGGACAGGAAAAACUUUACUUGCUGGGGUAGUUGCAAGAGAGAGUGGAAUGAAUUUUAUUAGUAUUAAGGGACCAGAGUUACUCAGCAAAUACAUUGGAGCCAGUGAGCAAGCUGUUCGAGAUGUUUUCAUCAGAGCACAGGCUGCAAAACCCUGCAUUCUUUUCUUUGAUGAGUUUGAAUCCAUCGCUCCUCGAAGGGGCCACGACAACACAGGGGUUACAGACCGAGUAGUCAACCAGUUGCUGACACAGUUAGAUGGAGUAGAAGGCUUACAGGGAGUUUAUGUGUUGGCUGCUACGAGUCGCCCUGACUUGAUUGACCCUGCCCUGUUGCGGCCUGAAUCCUUCACUGGAGCGGAUUUGAAAGCUCUGCUGUACAAUGCUCAGCUGGAGGCCUUGCAGGGACGGCUGCUGCCCAGGGGGCCCCUCGAUGGAGGCUCCAGCUCUGAUAGUGACCUAAGUCUGUCUUCAAUGGUCUUUCUUAACCACAGCAGUGGUUCCGACGACUCUGCUGGAGAUGGAGAAUGUGGCUUAGAUCAAUCCCUUGUUUCUCUCGAGAUGUCUGAGAUCCUUCCAGACGAAUCAAAAUUCAAUAUGUACCGGCUCUACUUUGGAAGCUCAUAUGAAUCAGAACUUGGAAAUGGAACCUCUUCUGACUUGAGCUCACACUGUCUGUCUGCACCAAGCUCCAUAACUCAGGAUUUACCUGCAGCUCCUGGGAAAGACCCAUUGUUUACACAACAUUCUGUGUUCAGGACACCUUCCCAAGAAGGCUGCCAAGAUCUCACACAGGAACAGAGAGACCAGCUGAGGGCAGACAUCAGCAUCAUCAAAGGCAGAUACCGGAGCCAAAGUGGAGAGGAUGAAUCCCUUAACCAGCCUGGACCAAUCAAAACCAGUUUUGCUAUUAGCCAGGCACAUUUAAUGACUGCACUUGCCCACACAAGACCGUCUAUUAGUGAAGAUGAAGGGAAGGAAUUUGCUGAGCUGUAUGAAAACUUUCAAAAUCCAAAGAAGAGAAAAAAUCAAAGUGGAACAGUGUUUCGAACUGGACAGAAAGUAACUUUAGCAUAAAAUACACUUCUGAUUUUUCUAGAUGUGUUUGUUUGUUUGUGCUGAUGGUCUGUUUGUCCCUAAGUUGUAACUAUAAAAAUGAUGUAAAAAUUUUAAUUUAAUAAAUUUGGUUAAUCUAUAAAAUCACAGGAUGGUAAAUGCUGUGAUUAUGUAGUGCUCAGGACUGCCUGAGAUUAAUAGUGCAGGCUAAAUGAAGUCAUUUGUAACAGAUUAUGUAUUUUAUUCCCAAGUCUGUAUUAAACCCUUAAUGAUAUUAUGUCAGUGGUGGAGCUCAGUGGUGUUUUUUCUUUUAGAGGAAAGCAUUUCUCGGCACUCAAACACCCAGUCACCCUUUUUCUGGCUUUUGGCAGAUUGAUUGCCUUGCUACUUCUUGACUGUUCUGGAAAAAGAUAUAUUCUAUUAUCUUGUUUUUUAAAAAUCAGAACAUGACAUUUACACAUAAUCUAAAUAAAUUUAAUCCCUCCAA